ACUACAACUAAUUGAAGAACAUGAGAAUAGACUGAAUUACUUUGAUCAUGCUUAUAAUAUGAAUUUAUUUGUUGUUUACAACACUUAUGAACAAAAAUACAUUAAACCGACACCAAGAAUCAAGUUUACGAUUGAAAAUAGAAUAUCAAUAAAAAAUUUACGAGUAAAUGAAGAAAAUUAUGGAAAAUUUUUAGUAUGCCGAGUAAUAGCAAGGUGUAUGAAAAUAAAUGCCCUUUUAACUAUCGUGGAGGACCCAGAAGGUGACGUGGAACGACUUGCUUUAUAUAAUUUUAGUCCGAAAUCAACUACACAAGAAAAAGGACCAAUGAAACCACUUUCUGUCGAUCAAGCCUCAAAGUAUUUGCCUAUUGGCACACAGAUCAUUAUCGCAAAUCCAUCUUAUCAAAUUGCUGGUGACGGAAACACUAUUAUUUAUUCGGAUAAUCCGAAUGAUGUUAUUAUAGUCGUUGAUAGUAAUGUUCAACUUCCCGAUGCAGCGUGGGCCACGAAUCGACCAAAAGAAAGGUGUACUAAUUUUGAAGAUAGAAAAUCUGUUGAUGAAUUUCGCUGUCGUGGAAACGAUUAUUUUAUUUCAAGUGAUUUUAUGGCAGCGAUUCGUGAAUAUUCCGGUGGUACUGCAUUGCUUGCAAACCGUGCCGAAGCUUAUUUGAGAUUACAACAGUUUAAAAAGGCACUCGAUGAUGUAGAGGUAGUCCUUAGACUUGAGCCUGGCCACUUGAAAGCUGCUUUUCGAAAGGGUAAAGCACUUUGUGGUCUUAAACGUUAUCAAGAAGCUAUCAUCGUACUCCGAGAUUUGUAUAAGAGGAUAAAAAAUCAUAAUGAUCGUG